GUCGAGCGCUACGACUACGCCAAGGUGAUUGCAGUCCUCUUGGCGAUCGUGCUCGGGUCGCUGGCGCUGCUGACGUUUCUCGGGCCCGAGAAGCGCGGCCAAGAGUUUGAUCACGACGAGACCCUCGACGGUCCGCUUGUGGACGACGACGACGAUGAUGUUGAAAAGCCCAAGAUGUAAAGAAAAGGGCGAGACUGUAGGAUGUGGAUCGUGUAUUUUGUGAAUUGAAUUCGACUAUUGUGUGAACA